CUCAUUGCUCCACCGUUCGUGGCACCAUUCCACACAAAAUCUCACCUUCCCUUCCCUUCUCUUCUCUAACCCCUCAUUUCUAUAAAACCCUAACAACCCCUCUCCUCGUGUGCCUCGAAUUACUCGCCAUAUCACCUCAUCUCUGAACCCUUCUCCCUUCCCUUUUCUCUCUAUUGCUCUGCUUCAGUUUCCGCUAAUGGAGUCGCUUUUGGUCCUCAAUCCCACCCCCUGCCCCGCCGAGUCUUCCCCUUUGAAGCUCAAGAACUCUGCUGCUUUCCCUGUCCGCUCCCGACCCUGUUCGUCUCUGCGCUUCGAUCCUUUGAUCGGUUAUGGUGGUUGUAAGGUUUCCUUUGUCGCUAACACUCUUCCGCGUAAUGGGUUUCUCUCCCCCCAUCGGCGGUGUUCGUUGAAUCGACGGGUUGUGGCGUUUGCGGCUUCCCAUGAGGAGUCGCAUUCAGAGAUUGAAGGGGAGAAAAACGAAAAGGAUUUCAAUUUUGAUCAGGAAAAGGCACAAGAGUUGUGGAAAAAUGCUUUAGAUUCCUUCAAAGAACAAUCUCUGAAGAUGAAAGCCAUUUCAAAGGAGGCAUACGGGGAAUACUCUGUGAAAGCAUUAGCUGCUUUGAAUGAAACUUCCAAGCAUUUGAAAAUUCAAGCCGAUAAGGCGAAGGAGGAUUUGGCUUCAAUAGUGCAAGAAUUCAGUGAAGAAAGUAAAGAAUAUAUUGCCACUGUUGCAGAGAAUUACCCUGAUGAAGUUAAGGAGAUUGUGGAAACAUUUACUUCUCCGGACGAUGACUUACGGGAUAUUUCGAAAGUUAAGGACUUCUAUUAUGGGAUACCAUACGGACUGGUCCUUUCUGUGGGUGGUUUCCUUUCCUUCAUGGUAACGGGAAGUCUCGCUGCAAUUAGAUUUGGAAUGAUACUUGGUGGUGCUUUGUUGGCCUUGAGCGUUAUGAGCUUGAGGUCAUACAAAAGAGGAGAAUCUCGUCCUCUUGCUCUGAAGGGGCAGGCAGUGAUUGCAAGCAUUCUAUUUCUGAGAGAGUUGCGCUUGGUUUUUCAGAGACCAUCAUUUUUCAGUCUUCUAACAACUUUGAUCAGUGGAGCUAUGGUCUCAUUAUACGUCUACAAGAUUGCACUGGACGCUCGCCUCAAAAAAGGAGAUCUCAGGACAGAAACAGAUUGAAAGCUAGUCAGGAGAAAGUCUGCCAAAUCUCCAUAUCAUCACAAUCUGAAUUAGGUUAUUGAAGAGAAUAGUUUGGGAGUUGAGUAAAAAUAAGCCUUGGAGGGUAAUGGUAUGGUAGAGUGUGUCCUCCAAGGAAGUAGGACUAUGAAGUUGGUUGAAAAAAGGGUAUGGAAAUCGGGUUAUGAUACAGUUUUGAUGGUGUAGGUAGCUGCUGCCAAAACUUUGAUCUGUUUUUUAGAGCAUUAAAGAAGUCUUAGUUUUUCCUACUUUUUGGGUUCAUUUUUUUCUUUAUUUUGAGCGCCGACAACAAUGUGAAGGAGCCAUAGUUGUAAUGUCGAAACUGAGUGAAAGAUUUGCUUGUCUAUUCCCUUGAAAAACUGGCCCUUGCCAAUGUCCAGUGUAACUGAGAUCUGGCGUUUCCAGAGUUAUGUGAAUGUCUUUCAAUCUUGUCGACAUCAAUUGUACUCAAAUAAUUGUCAAACUGUUGAUGGUCGUAUCCUAAUUUUGUUC